CUGGAAUAGCAGUCCUCAGAUAUCAUGACUAUUUCCAAAACACUUCCUUCUCGCCCCGAGUACGCCGGCGUCUUGCCAGCGGACUUUCUCCAUGGUUACGCGUCAGCAGCGUACCAAGUUGAGGGUGCUACCUCCAAGGGUGGUCGCGGACCGUCUAAUUGGGAUGAGAUGUUGAAAGACUACCCGGACAAUGGCGAUGAUGCCUGUCGCUCUUACGACCUCUGGAAAGACGACGUACAGCUUCUCAAACAGUUCGGUGCCAAAUCUUACCGGUUUUCGGUUUCAUGGCCGCGCAUCAAACCACUCGGCACCAAGGACUCACCCGUCAAUGAGGAAGGUGUUGCGUAUUAUAACAACCUGAUUGACGGUUUAUUAGCAGUCGGAGUCGAGCCGACCAUCACGUUACAUCACUAUGACACCCCCCUAGCCUUGGACGAACGGGACCGAGGUUUCGCUGCUGUUGAUGCAACAGAGCUGAUUGAGGACUUCGUUGCGUACGCGAAAGUGUGUUUCGAGAGGUUUGGUGACAGGGUCAAGAGGUGGUUGACAAUUAACGAGCCUUGGAUCUUUUGCUCUCUGGGAGCUGAAGGUAUCGUCAAAGAUUAUACCCGGGCCGACUUUUUCAGAGUUGGCCACAACACCUUGCUUGUUCAUGGGCACACUGCGCAUCUGUACCGUAAAGAAUUCCAAAAGGUGCAGGGCGGACAGAUUGGCAUUGCACUGAACUACGACUGGGCGGAGCCAGUUAAUAAUUCCCCCGAGGCGAUAGAAGCUGCCAUGAUUUCGGAAGAACGGUCCCUUGGCUGGUUUGCAAUGCCCAUUUUCAAGGGAAUACCAACGAAGUCGUGGGAUCACUACGGUGAUGCAUUCCCACGCCUUACGGCGGAUGAAUUGAGCUUGUUAAAAGGCUCGGCAGAUUUUUUCUCCAUAAAUCACUACGGCACAAUGUACACUACUGGUAAACAGCUGGCACCAAAUACUGCCACAGAUUUCCGAGAGUUGGAUGAUAUCCAGAAAACAGUCUACAGAGAUGGCGUUUUAAUUGGCAGACGGGGAGAGAAUGGCCAUCCACACACUGUCCCAUGGGGUUUCGGAAAGCUCCUUGUUCACUGCUGGGAGGUCUAUGCCAAAGACCUGAACAUCCCCGUCAUUGUGUACGAAAAUGGCUACGCUGUGGAACACGAAGCAUCAGCGCCAUUGAAUGAGAUUGUCGACGAUAAAUACCGCCAAGAGUUUUACGACCAGUACAUUCAGGCAAUGUGCGACGCGGUCAAGAAUCACGGCGUUUGGGUGAGUGGCUACCACUGCUGGAGCUUGCUUGACAACCUUGAAUGGAACAAUGGAUACACUCCUCGCUUUGGAGUAACGUAUAUCGAUCGUGAGAAUGGUUUCAAAAGAGUUCCGAAAGAUUCUUCGAAGACGGUUGCGGCUAUUUGGAAGCACGUCGUGCGCAAGCAAAUGUAGGGCCAUUUUAUUGUAGAUAUACAGCAAGCUCUGGAUGGAUGCAACAUGUAGUUAAAGGAGC